CCUCGCUCGGCUGCUCGGCUCGGCUGCGCUCGGUCGGCGGCUCCGCGCUGCUCUCGCCAUGGCCGCCUACAGCAAGUUCCUCACCGCGCGGCACUCCGCCAUCGCCGGGGCCGCCGCCGCCUGCGCGCUGCUCUGCCUGCUCAGCAAGCGGCGGGCGGCCGCGCAGCACGGUAAAAGAAGUGGAAAACAAGCGUUGCAGAAUAAUGAGCAGAAAGAGGGAAAGAAGGAGCGAGCAAUGGUGGACAGAGUGUUUAUUGCACGAAUAUGUCGAAUCCUGAAAAUAAUGGUCCCUAGAACACUUUGCAAAGAGACAGGUUAUUUGCUGCUUAUUGCUGUGAUGCUGGUAGUCCGAACUUACUGUGAUAUUUGGAUGAUUCAAAAUGGAACAGUCAUUGAAAGUGCUAUCAUUGGCCGCAGCAGAAAAGAUUUCAAGAAAUACUUGUUCAACUUCAUUGCUGCAAUGCCUGCUAUCUCUUUAGUAAAUAACUUCCUGAAGUAUGGUCUAAAUGAGCUGAAACUCUGCUUCCGAGUAAGACUUACCAGAUAUCUCUAUGAAGAAUAUCUUAAAGCUUAUACGUACUACAAAAUGGGAAAUCUGGACAACAGAAUAGCUAAUCCAGAUCAACUCCUUACACAGGACGUGGAAAAAUUCUGUAAUAGUGUAGUGGACCUGUACUCAAACCUUAGCAAGCCCUUCUUGGAUAUAGUUUUGUACAUCUUCAAGCUAACAAGUGCAAUAGGAGCACAGGGUCCAGCUAGCAUGAUGGCGUACUUGAUUAUUUCAGGAUUUUUCCUUACACGUUUAAGGAGACCAAUUGGCAAGAUGACUAUUAUAGAACAAAAGUAUGAAGGGGAGUACAGAUAUGUCAACUCCCGGCUCAUUACAAACAGUGAGGAAAUUGCUUUUUAUAAUGGAAACUUGAGAGAAAAACAGACUAUUCACAAGACUUUCCGUAAGCUGGUGGAACACUUGCAUAAUUUCAUCCUCUUCCGGUUCUCUAUGGGUUUCAUUGAUACUAUCAUUGCCAAAUACCUUGCCACUGUGGUUGGCUACCUGGUUGUUAGUCGUCCAUUUUUGAACCUGUCUGAUCCCCGUCAUCAGAAUAGCACUCAUGCAGAACUUUUGGAGGAUUACUACCAAAGUGGAAGAAUGCUACUGAGAAUGUCUCAAGCUUUGGGCAGAAUAGUCCUAGCAGGCCGUGAAAUGACAAGAUUGGCUGGUUUCACAGCUCGAAUCACGGAAUUAAUGCAGGUUCUGAAGGACUUGAACAGUGGCAAAUAUCAGCGUACAAUGAUAUCACAAGAAAAAGAUGGAGAUAAAAAGCAACCUUUGUCUUUGAUACCUGGAUCUGGAGAAAUUAUCAACAGUGAUAACCUUAUCAAGUUUGAUCAUGUUCCAUUGGUGACACCUAAUGGAGAUGUUUUGAUUGAAGACCUUAACUUUGAGGUUAGAUCUGGUGCAAAUGUGCUGAUUUGUGGGCCAAAUGGGUGUGGGAAGAGCUCCCUGUUCCGUGUUCUUGGUGAGUUGUGGCCUUUGUUUGGUGGGCGUUUAACAAAACCUGUAAGAGGAAAAUUGUUCUAUGUUCCUCAGAGACCAUACAUGACUCUUGGAACGCUCAGAGAUCAAGUUAUAUAUCCAGAUACUUUGGAAGAUCAGAAAAAGAAAGGGAUUUCUGACCAGGUGCUGAAGGAGUACUUGGAUAAUGUCCAGUUGGGUCAAAUCUUGGAACGUGAAGGAGGCUGGGAUAGUGUUCAGGACUGGAUGGAUGUACUCAGCGGGGGAGAAAAACAGAGAAUGGCAAUGGCAAGGCUGUUCUAUCACAAGCCCCAGUUUGCAAUUCUGGAUGAGUGCACGAGUGCUGUUAGUGUGGAUGUAGAGGGCUACAUUUACAGCCACUGCCGAAAGGUUGGCAUCACUCUCUUCACUGUUUCCCACAGGAAAUCACUCUGGAAACAUCAUGAUUUCUACUUGCAUAUGGAUGGCCGAGGAAACUAUGAGUUCAAGAAAAUAACUGAAGACACAGUUGAAUUUGGGUCUUAAAGUCAUGAACUGAACUGCUAGAGAUUGAUGAUUACAGGAAAUAUGUAGAAUGUCAGACAAUGUACCAUAAAAUUACUCAGCUUGUUAAGCAUUUACUAUUAUGUAGGAUAUUGCUAAUUGUGUAUAUGUUGGUGUAAUUAUUGAUACGUACUAAGAAUGUCCUUAUUCUUGUGGUUUAAAAACCUGCCUAAAUUAAAUUGGGCUUAAAUUAGUGUAACCUGAUUCAUCCUGGGAUGCAAACCAUUUGAAAUCGGCUGAUUUGACUUUUGUAGACCUUCUUUCCCUUCGGUGAAAAGCCCUGUUAAAAUUAGGGUUGCUACCUCUCUUGUUCCUGCAAAGCAGUCCUGGAUUUUUGCUCUGUUCUAUGCAUGUUUCAGAGAGAUCUCACACAGUGCAGGACAUUGUCCCAUCUUCAGAUCUGUGCCCUGUUCAAUGAAAGAGCCUUUUCCUUGUCCAAACCUUGUGAUGUAGCCAAUGUGCCCUUGCUGAAAAAGGAUGAACUGAAACUAAAAGACAAAAAUAAUUCCUUCUGGUGUUUUAAAAAAAAAAAAGUGAUCCCUGUAUCAAAGAAGCUUGUGAAUGUUUUUAGCUCUGAAGAAACGAAUUACUCUCUCAAGAAGGAACAGAAAAGAAUGUGGGUCCAGUCAUUCCUCAAAUCAGUAGAGGUUAUAAUGGGCUCAGAAAUGUUAAUCUGUGAAAUAGCAGACAGUUGUCCUGUGUUCAGUCCUAUAACACAGCAGUUACUUUUUCCAAGUUCCUCCUUUUCUCCCUCUUCAAAAAAAUGCGAUGAUCUUAUAGUUUUAGCAGCCCUUCACGUCUAAAUUUGAAAGCAAGUGAUAAUGGUACUCUCUGUUUGGUCUUCUGGACUGUGAAGCCUGAAACAAUGCUUUCAUUCUUCACAUUUAUUCUUUUAUUGUCAUAAUGUUUCUUGAUUUCCGAUACAAAUUGUUUACUAGUGAUUCUUUGUGUUUUGUAAGGAUCUCCAGUCCUUGCUGGUUUUCCUGUUCCAGCUUCCAAAUCCCCUCAAAGGAACCAAACUCUUACAAUAGUUUACUGUAAUUGUUUUUCCAUACAAAUGAUUACUGUGAUUGUCGUUUGACUUUGACAAGCAUAAAUGCAGCAAGGUGUUUUUUGUGAUCAGGGAAUAGGAAGGUAUAAUUCAAACUGAAUUGCUGUUUAGGCUUUAAAACAAAAAAAUUACAAUACCUGUUGUACAGUGAAGGUCUAGUAGUUUUUUAGUGUUCCAUGUAAGAUGUAAUAUAGGAAUGCACUACAUGAAGGCAUGCAUAACAUAUGCAAUACAUCUGUACUUUGUGGAUCUUUUAUCGAGGGUUUCGAUUUUAAAAAGCCCCUACUUUUUAUAAAAUGAAUAUGUACUUGGAUGCACUGCUGUUUGUUAAUUUUUACCCAGUUUGAUUAGUAAAUUUCUUUCAUGUUGAAAUUGCUAGCUGUUAAUAUUUUUCUUUUUAUCAUAGUUCUUGCCCCUGUCUGUCAGUAUUCUUUCAAAGUACUCAAAUGCAAACAGCUAUUCUGGUACAAGAAUCUAGUGACCACAGUAGAAUCUGAGUAUAAUGCAUCAAUGAAGAUCAUAAAGCUUCUCUCUGAGGUACAGCAUAUUCAAGAGAAUAAGGUACCAGAAUAAUUUUUGUGCUUGUUUUACAGGAAGGCAGAUAGGUGCCUGAUUUCACUAAUCUCUUGGUCCUGUUUGUUCAGGUUCUCACAUCAGCCAUAACAUAGCAGGUAGCAGCAUGCUCUGCGUGAGGUCAUAGUCUUUUUCCAAGUGCAACCAUGGAAAUAGGGAUGCCAGAUAGGUUGGUGUGGAAUGGUUUUUUGGUUUGGGGUAUUUUUUUGUCAAAGUUCUCAGCACAAAUGCAGCUUCUUCUCUUGGAAGGGAUGUUUUAGUAGCCUUUUAGAGAGACAAAGAAAAAAUUCUCGAAACUGAGAAAGUUGCUAUGAUCUUUGUGAUUGGGGCAGUCUUUUGCAGUGGAGUAGUAAACUUGGGAUACUUUAAUGUGUUUUUAAUCCUAACAAGUAAAACCACACACAGCACACUUACAUUGCCCCCCGCAGCCAAUCCCAAUUGUACUUUAUAAUUUUACUGGAUGUAACAGAAUUUUGUGUAGUCUUGUAUUUAUUUUUAAAACUAACAACAAGCAAACAAACAAAUCCAUCUCCAAAACCAAGGAGGAAUAGGUUUGCUUUUAGGUGCCACGAAGUUUGUUGAAACUGAGGAUGCUGGUGUCUCCUUAGGGCCAGGACUUGGUGUUUCUAAAUAUACUGGAAGGAAAGAAAAAUAUUCUUCUCUGCUUGAUUGUAAGGAGGCUUAUAAAGAAAAUAUAAAAAAGAAUGAUAUUUCAGAAUUAUAUUCUUAAAAGGCCUUACAUUAAAGUGUUUGAGAUAGACUUGAUCUAAUGAGAGAUUGUAAAAAAAUCUAAUGAAAAUGUUCAGAGUCUCAGUCCUGUUGCAGAAUUGCACUGUGAUACUGUAUUUUAGUGAUGUUUCUUUAAUAGCACAAGUUGGAAGUUCAUGAAAUGGAAUUCUGAACUACCUUAAUAGACAACAUACUGAUGAAUACUUUCAGUCUCAAAUUGCUGGUGCUUUGAAGAUGGUACUGGAAAUAGUCAGAUGGCUGCAUUUCAACGGUGGGAAACAUUCCUGUGUGUAAAUACUGUAAAGUGUUUUGGAGGGGGAAAUGGCGCUAUGUAAAUGUAAGACAUUAAGUGCCUCUGAAAUAAUAAUAAUAAAAAAACCUAAAGAUAAAAUAUA